CCCAGGGAAACCAUACCAUGGAUGUGGAUCCUGGUCUAGAUGCGCCACAUAGCGCUCGAUGCAGGCAGAGCUGGCACUGGAAAGGGAACCGAGUCUCCUCCAUGCAGCCGCCCUCCUUCGGCAAACAUUUGCCUUGCUCAUGCCAUAUGCCAGACGUUUUGCUAACUGCUGGGGAUACGGCACUGAUCAAGAUAGAUGAUGUGCCCGCCGUCAUGGAGGUGGAAGUGGAAACAGAAAACAAACCAGAGAACAAAUGCAGCAACCAGAUCAUUUCUGAUUAUGAUAAGUGCGGAGAUGAUAAUAGAGCAGGGUGCCGGGAGAGAGCGAUGCGCGUGGAGUCUGGGGGCUACUUUUGAUGGGGGAAGGUUUCUCUCUGGAGGUCCUGUGUAAGCUGAGAUGAGAAGGAUGAGAAGCAGCUUUCCAAGAUCUCCAGAGAAAGUAUGCCAGAUGGGGGACAACAGCCAGUGCAAAGUCCCUGGGGUGGGAAUGAGUAGAGGAAGAAGAAUCCAUGCCUGUGUGGUCAAAGGCAAAUCCUGCCUCAAAGUCUUGGACUCUUGUGACUGCUCCUGUCAUGCCUCCCUCAGACUCUCCUUGCCUCUGUGGGUGAAUGGGUGGCAAAGAGUGCCUUCCUUAGCUGUGCUCCUGUGUCAGCAUGGUGCCUGGCAGGUGGCUGGAAACCACAGCUGAUUUUUUGCAGUGUCUUUGAGAUGCCAGGAAGAUGGCCAAUCAUUUCUGUUCAGUCCAUCAGCCACACAAAAGCCCUGAGAUCAGAAAGCAUGGGCUUAAUUUGUUUUGUUUAUUUUGCAGAGGAAAUAGUGCUUCCUUGGACUGAAAGCUCUGAAGAAUAAAAGCUGAAUGGAAAGGGGGCAUUUGGAUUAAAUGAAUGGGCUGGCCAGCUCUGACCCAGUUUCCACCCAGUGCAGCAGUGAUGCGGGAGGGAAUUGCCUUCUGGCUUUCUGCUCUGGCCCCGGGGCUGGUCAUUUCACGGGGCUGAGCCUUCUGUGUGAGUCGGGCUUGACAGAAGUGUCCUUGAAGGUGAUUCAUGGAGAGAAGAGGAGGGGAGCCGGGAAUAGUGGCCUCAAGGCCUGCCUGAGUUCAUCCUCAGAUCC